CUCUUUUCUUCUGACAGAGAGAGAGAGAGAGAGAGAGAGAGAGAGAGAGAGAAAGACUCCAUCCCCAUGAGCUCAUGAAUAAAUUAUAGCGGCUCAUUGUGCAAUAGAGGGAGGAAUGCGGUUGAGCCUGGCAAAAUACGACCGAGUGGGUAACGUUACGGACUAUACACACACACACACACACACACAACACACACAUACACACGGCUCCGGAGCUCCGAGUGCUCGCCUGCUUCAGUACAGCCGCCGCUGGUUAUGCUGCGGUCUCACCGCCGGACUCCGGGGAGCUCCACCGCUAGAGACACGCACAGAGCCCGGGAGCUUCACUGGUAGCCCGAGCUCUUAGCGCUUAGCCUCGUUUCUCCCCGCUCGUAGAUGGAUUACAGGCAGAACUAGGACGACUAGUCGCGGUGUCGCGUCUUAACUCCAAGUUAAGUCGAUUCAGGGGGGAAAAAAGGGAUUUUUUUCUUUUCUUUUUUAAAAUCUAGCUCCUUGUAGCAGGCGGAGGAGCAGUUAGGGUUCAGUGUGUUUCCGAGUCCUACACGGUUCAACAAGCCGAGCAACCACAGGCAGCUGGAGUCUCAAGACUGCCUGCCAGGUUGAGGUGAUUUGGGGUUCUCAGCUGACCCCCACGUUCCUCCGAUGAACCCCAUCAACUCCAUGAAACCUGCCCUGCCUCCAACGCCACACAGUGACGGCUCGUACCCCUAUGACCCAGCGUCCUGGCAGCAAGGCACCAACCAGCCCCCCGGCUCCCUGUCUGUGGUAACCACAGUGUGGGGGGUUACCAGUCCUUCACCCAGCCAGGUAUUUGGUGCACCUAUGGGCCCGGGUGGCAAUUCAGCUGGUGGUCACAUGAUGCCUGGCAACAGCCCUGGCAUGAACUCUCCCCAGUUCAUGGGGCAGCAGGGCUACCCGGAGCCCAAUAAGGGCUACAUGCAGCAGGGGAUGUAUGGCCGACCUAGUGGGGGCUACCCGACCGGACCUGCGUAUGGCGGCAGUUACCCCAAUAAUGGUGGAGGCUCCCUCGGGAUGCCUCCUCACGGUGUCCGCCCUCCCACUGACUUCACCCAGGCCGCCGCCGCCGCUGCUGUCGCCGCCGCCGCUGCCACAGCAACUGCCACCGCCACGGCGACUGUUGCCGCAAUACAGGAGAAGCAGAACCAGGAGAUGAACUACGGGCCUAUGGGUGGUGCUUCCUCUUACAAUACUCAGUUCAUGCCCCACCCUGGACCCCGUGGCCCGCCAAGCAUGGCCUCCUCCGGGAUGGUGGGCUCCAGACCUCCCUCUAUGGGAGGCAUGUACGGUUCGCAGGGACAGCGUAUGCCCCAACACUCUGGUUACCCCGGGGGGCAGCAGGGACCUCCGCCACGACACCAGCAGGGGCUGAAGCGCCCUUACAACUCUGAGGGAUUCCCAGGGCAGCAGUAUGGCUCCGGGAUGGGAGCAGCAGGUCCUUACCCCGGCCAGGCCAUGCAGUACCACGGCCCCGGCCCACAGCGCUCGGCACCCUCACCUUCCUACACGGGCCACAGAAUGCCGCUUCAGCAGUCCAACAUGGGCCAGUAUCCUGCAGGACCAGGAAACCCAGGCCAAUAUUACAAGGCGGAUCAGUUCAACGGGCAAGGCAACAACCAUGGGAGUCUGGCCACAGGAGUGGGUGGAGGUGGAGGGUAUAACACGUUUAACCAAGGGGCUGUGAAUGGGCCUGGGCGGGCGAUGCCUGGCUACCCCAGCUCACCCCUGCCAGGGAACCCUACUCCUCCCAUGACUCCUGGCUCAAUGCCACCCUAUAUGUCACCUGGUCAGGAUGUGAAGUCUCCCUUCCUCCCUGAUGUCAAGCCCAAUAUCAACACAAUGCAGCCCCCUACAGGGAACCCAAGCGAUGACCUGCGGCUGACCUUCCCCGUUCGGGAUGGGGUGGUGCUGGAACCCUUCCGGCUGGAGCACAACCUGGCUGUCAGCAACCAUGUCUUCCAGCUGCGCGACUCCGUCUACAAGACUCUCAUGAUGAGGCCAGACCUGGAGUUGCAGUUUAAGUGCUACCAUCAUGAAGACCGGCAGAUGAACACCAACUGGCCGGCCUCGGUGCAGGUGAGCGUGAACGCCACGCCCCUCACCAUCGAGCGAGGUGACAACAAAACCUCCCACAAACCUCUCUACCUGAAACACGUGUGCCAGCCAGGUCGGAACACCAUCCAGAUUACCGUCACCGCCUGCUGCUGUUCUCAUCUGUUCGUGCUGCAGCUGGUCCACCGGCCUUCGGUGCGCUCUGUGCUGCAGGGUCUUAUGAAGAAGAGGCUCCUGCCUGCUGAGCACUGUGUCACCAAAAUCAAGAGGAACUUCAGCAGCGGAACCAUACCGGGAACUCCUGGGCUAAACGGCGAGGAUGGCGUGGAGCAGACAGCCAUCAAGGUCUCCCUCAAGUGUCCAAUCACUUUCCGACGCAUCCAGCUUCCGGCUCGGGGCCACGACUGCAGGCACAUACAGUGUUUUGACCUGGAGUCGUACCUGCAGCUUAACUGUGAGAGAGGGACUUGGCGCUGUCCUGUGUGCAAUAAGACAGCUCUUCUGGAGGGACUAGAAGUGGAUCAGUAUAUGCUGGGAAUUCUCAUCUAUAUCCAGAAUACGGACUACGAGGAGAUCACUAUCGAUCCAGUGUGUAGUUGGAAGCCAGUCCCUGUGAAGCCUGACCUGCAUAUUAAAGAGGAUCCGGACGGUCCAGCGCUGAAACGAUGUCGCACCCUCAGCCCCAGUCACAUGAUCCUGCCCAGUGUUAUGGAGAUGAUCGCCGCACUGGGCCCGGCCUCGUCGCCCUACCAAUCCUUACCACAAGGCGGCAGCAGCAGCACGCCUGAUUACCCCAGCCAAGCUGGUUCGGGAUAUUCCAAUCAGCCAGGCUUCUCGGACUUCCCCAACGCCCCCGGCACUCCAACCUUGGGCGAGUUUUCCUCGGGGCCUCCACCCCUCUCCUACCAGGCUGACCUUCCCAGUGGCCUACUGACCCCAGAGAAACCCGUGGGGCACCCCAUGUCCGGACAGAUUCCCCACUCUAGUCGCAUGGACCCAUCCCACAACCCCCUCCAACAGCAGCCGCAGCAGCAACAGCCACAGCAGCAGCAACAGCAGCAUCAACCUCUCCAUGGAAGUUCCAACCUGGGCGGCCCAGGAGGACCCAUGCAUUCACGCAACUCCAACCAGAAUCCCCGGCUGCACACAGAUAGCUUUGGCCUGGGUGGCCCUGGGGGACCAGGCGAUGUAACAGAGCCUGGUCUUGAGCUUCUCCCAGACAUAACAAACCCAGAUGAGCUGCUGACCUACCUGGGUCCUCCUGACCUCCCUAACAACAGCAACGAUGAUCUGCUCUCACUGUUUGAGAGCAACUGAGUUCACACACAGCUUGUACACCACCUCCAGCUUAGCCACACCAUUCUUUAAAAAACCCAUCUCCCAGCAGUACAUGCUCUUAGCACGCUACGAGGAGGUUUGGGGGAUCAGGGCGUGGAAUCCUCGCAAACAUUUGAGUCUAAUUAUUGGCCUGCUCUGUUCCUUUGAGACUGGAAUGCAGAAAUGCUCAUAGCAAGGAAGGUGCAGAAGAUUUAAUCUGACUUUGACGUUACUGUUAGUCUGCCUCUGAAAAAUGUCAUGGUUUUAUUGUGUUUUUUUUGUUUGUUUUUUUUCUUUUUCUAAUUUGAAGAGUCCCUUUUAUAUUUCCAGCUCCUGCAAAAUCCAUUUGUAGAAAAGCACCCCAUCUGAUGUCUAACUUGUGCUUGGUGUAAAUUACAUCGCAUUUGGAGUUUAUGGAAUUUGCCCAUUGUCAUUUAUUCUUGAUCAUGUUUUAAUCAAGUGUGAAGUACUGACAUUCUUUAAAAUCCAGAAUUUGUCGAUAACAAGAAGAACCGAAUUUUGAUAAAGCUACAGGCUCUUUAAGAAUUACAUCAGAAAAAAAAAGCCAAAAUAUGUCUGGCCUCUGUUGUAACUUGAAUGCAUGUAAAAGCUGGGAAUGCCAAUGGACCCUGCAAACACAAGACACAGACAUGCCUUACCUCAACAGGUUAAAAAAAAUCUCUACCAGUAAGCAAGCAUGCUAUCAUAUAUGCCCACACCAUUACUUGAUCUCACAAAUUUGUACUUGAAGUCCAGGAGUUAGCUUAUACUUUGUGUUAGGAGCCUCUUUACAGCCUGCAUGCCCUUGUCCUUUGCCUUGUUGUUUAGAGAUGCAGUCACAAAGCAUAUCUCGCUGUAGCAUCAAAGAAAAGUACUGUACUCAUUUGCCGAACUUAAAAAAAAAAAAAAUUAGGCUGUGUCUAGAGGGAGGGGUUUCAAUCCUGCGCUAUCCGGCAGCCACUGUAGAUAUGAGAAAAACAUUCGAUCCCUGGGAGUGUGGAUGAAAUACAAGAAGCACACAUUAACGCACAGACAUACCACAAACUACACCAAGUGUGUUUCUGGCACACACUCCUCUACUCGCAGCUCUUUGCCUCCUUGCUCGUUUUUUUUCCCUACUACUACUUAAACAAUGGUGUCUUCCUGCGCUGUUGGCACAAAACUCUGUGCUGAUUGUGAAUCUGUCCUACACAAGAGAAGGAACAAAGUCUCAAUCCUGAUCUUUCUCUAUUCACACAGCCUUUACCUUCUAGGCAUUGUGUUAUUUUAGUUGCCGUUAGAUAUGCAAUUUCCCAUCAUCCAGAAGAAGGACUCGGCAGAAAGAGGAGGUCUCACAGAGCACAAGCAACCCAAUCACAUAUAGCAGACAGGGUAUAUCUCUCACAAACGCACACUCAAGCUCACAAAAUGCAACUCUGUUAUUUUAAGAGUGCAUUCAGGUCCGAAAGUUUUGCAGUCUCACAUUUUGUCUCCGACAUCCGGAUCUUUCAUUUUUGCAGUAUGAUGGCCUCUUGAUAGUCUGGUCUAAUGGCAGUACCCAUUACUUGUUACUGAUGAGGAACAACUAGGGAGCUGUGUUGAAAAUAUGUACAGAUAUAGGAUUAUUAUUGUUACAGAUGUAUACACUCUCUGUACCCCAUGAUAAAAUACACAUACACUUUAAACACUAUGACAAACAUUAGUUUUUGUCCGAAAAGCUCUUGUUCCUUUUCAGUUCGGUUGCAAGAGAGACUUGAUGGAGAGAGGAGGACAGUCUGCUGCCCUGUAUCCUGUCUUGUCUGUCUUUAUUAUUUAUGACUGCCCUCUGGAUGCUGUCGGCUAUGUGCAGUUUGUAUCCUGAACAAUCCAGGGAGGGUCAGGAGUUCUUGGAUGUGCAAUUGUUUUUGAAGACAUUUGUGUAUCAUACAAUUUUAUCUUUUGAUUAUAUAAUUAUUGUUAUUAUAAUAAUUAUAAAGAUAAUUGGUGGACCUGUAUGCAUCUCUCUUAUGUGUGUUAUCUAACAAAGUUUAUGAAUUUGUUAAAAAAGAAAGAAAAAAGUCCAUUUCACCAUCAGAUCUGUGACCAUGAAGGGUUUCAAUAAGAGAGCGGAGAAGCGUCUUUGAGACCAGCAGCAAGUCACAUUUACUGUUCAUUCAACUGUUAAGAAAAAAAAAAUGUUUGACCGUCAUGUGUAGGUGAAUCUUUUAUGUUUUAACGAUUGAAUUAAACUUGUAAAAUCUUAAUCAUUUUUUGUUUUUCUAAAGAUGUGAAAUAUUUCCAUUAUGUUUUUUAAGUAAAGACUUAAUCCCCA